CUAAUGUGUAUAUUUGUGCUACUUACUGUAUAUCAUGAUCAAUGGAAUCAUGUGUUUAGUGUUACCAAAGGCAACGUACUUGGUACUAGAGAGUCUACAUAUGGAUAACCUAGAAAGACCGGGGACCGAUUGAUACUCUGCAUAUGACCCUAGAAAGUGUUGUCUAAUAUGUUUUCCACCACUGACUGCAGAUGUGUUAUUAACAAUACUGGAGAACAGGCAUAUCAAGAUUGAAGUGUCUUAAUUUCUGUACUGUCGCUAUAGCCAUAUGAUUUGGUCCUGUAACUUGAAUUAACUAUUCCAGGAGUAUCAAUAUACCCACUAUAUACCCUCCGCUUAAAUGAAUGUGACGCACUUUGCAACAUGCUUAGCAUCGCAUUUUGUAGCUACCAGCACCCUGUUUAGAAAUGCUCCACUUUCAUAUUGCAGGAGAUUCGCUUGCCGUUCGCAUAUAUCGGAUUCUAAAAUGUCGCCUUUGGCACCGAGUCCUAAAGGCGGGCUGUUGCUGAAGGUUAGGGUAAAGCCUGGCGCCAAGGUUACCCAGCUGGUUGGAGAUUUUGAGGACCUUUUGGGCAUCCAGGUUUCAGCUCCACCAAGAGAAGGUGCUUGCAACGAAGCACUGGUUGAGUUUGUUUGUGAUAUACUAUCACUCAAGAAGCGCGACGUUGCGCUAAUAUCGGGCCACAAGUCACGUGAAAAGGUGCUGUCGAUAUCAGGGAUCGAGCCUUCUAUCGCCGAGGAGAGGUUAAGAAAACAACUAGAGAUUGACAAUACAACAUAGAUCACUUAUACACCUUGCGUAUAUAUUAAGGUUGAUGUUU